GUCUACUCUAGAUCUUGGGUCGGCAGAGAAGGGUUGUGCUAAGAGGGUCCUUUACUGAAUACAGUUUCUCAGUCAUAAUGAAUCCACUUGUUCUGUGUCUCCUCCUCUUCUCUAUGGGAGGACAGGCCACAGCCCAGUGGCAGGGUAAUGAGUUAGAACAGGGAGGGGUUGUUGAUGGACGUGACACCAGUGACCACUGUGCCCUGUGCUGUGCCAGCCAGGCUCCAAAUGCUGCAACUUGUGCACAAGAAGGACAGGUGCUUGGUCUACAGAAUACUGUUUCCAGCCUUCAAAAUACUGUCGAGCAACUACAGGGCCUGGUUUCCAGUCAGCAGAUCCAAUUGUACCACCAGACGCAAACUCUACUGAACAGGCAAGAAAACCCCAGAGACUGUUCAGAUGUGCUGAAGGAAGGGUAUGACAGCAGUGGGAUCUACACCAUCUACCCCUUCUCCAAUGUGGUACAAGCGAGUGGAAAAAGCUUUGGGGUGUUUUGUGACAUGUACACUGAUGGUGGUGGAUGGACAGUUUUCCAGCGUCGCCAGGAUGGUUCUCAGAACUUCUACCGGGACUGGGCUCACUACAAGGCUGGGUUUGGUAAACUGGACGAAGAGUUCUGGCUAGGUAAUGACAAGCUGCACCAGCUGACCAGCCAAGCCCAGUAUGAGCUGCGGGUUGACCUGGAGGACUUUGAGGGGAACAGUGCGUAUGCACAGUACCAGGUCUUUACUGUGGGGAGUGAAGCUGUACUCUACAACCUGACUGUGGAGGGUUACAGUGGGACUGCAGGAGACUCCAUGUUCCAUCAUAAUGGCCGUCCAUUCAGCACCAAGGACAGGGACAAUGAUGAUAGUGCUGGCUCCUGUGCCCAGAACCGCAAGGGAGCCUGGUGGUAUGGUGCCUGCCACCGUGCCAAUCUGAACGGCCUGUACCAUGCAGGUUCCCAUACCUCCUUCGCAGAUGGAGUCAACUGGGAUACCUGGAAGGGCCGCAAUUACUCCCUGAAGCACACUGAGAUGAAGAUACGCCCCAUAACUAACUAAAGCAGGGAUAUAAUGCGAACUUACAACAUAAGCUGUUGGUCCUCAGUAUAACCUUCCAAACAUUGAUCCUUUGCUACAUGCAUUUGAUGAUAAAGAAUGCC